GGGGACGACUCCUUCAACACCUUCUUCAGCGAGACGGGGGCUGGCAAGCAUGUGCCCCGGGCCGUCUUUGUGGACCUGGAGCCCACAGUGAUCGGUGAGCGCGGGGGAGGCUGGGGGGGGGGGGGGGGGGGUGGGGGGGGGGGGGUGGAUGAGGUGCGCACAGGGACUUACCGGCAGCUCUUCCACCCUGAGCAGCUGAUCACGGGCAAGGAAGAUGCGGCCAACAACUACGCCCGUGGGCACUACACCAUUGGGAAGGAGAUCAUUGACCUGGUCCUCGACCGCAUCCGCAAGCUGGUGAGCAUUCUCACAGGAUGGGUCCAUCCCCAGGGGCUGGCUGGGGACAAAGGGAAGCUAGUGUCCCUGGGGAGGUGA